CCCCCCCUGCACGUCUCCGCCUUCUUCCUCUUAAGGCUCUGGCCAGUUCGCUUUGUAAGAACAAAAUACCCGGGGAUAUCCAGUCUGUCUUCAGACUGGCGAGCAAGCCCCAAGCCCUAAGAACUCCUGAGAGGGAGAACUGCAAUUUUCCUUUUCGAGCGCUGUUCCUUUUUGCUGUAUGAGGCAGAAGCGGCAUGUUUCCUAGGAUGCACUUUCAGAGUUCAUCCUAACAGGUUGGUUGGGCCUGAGCUGAAGAUGUUUCCCGAACAACAGAAAGAGGAGUUUGUCAGCGUCUGGGUCCGUGACCCCAGGAUUCAGAAGGAGGACUUUUGGCACUCCUAUAUCGACUAUGAGAUAUGCAUCCACACGAAUAGCAUGUGUUUUACAAUGAAAACAUCUUGUGUACGAAGAAGGUACAGAGAAUUCGUGUGGCUGCGGCAAAGACUCCAAAGCAAUGCGUUGCUGGUAGAAUUACCAGAACUUCCAUCUAAGAACCUAUUUUUCAACAUGAACAAUCGCCAGCAUGUUGACCAGCGUCGUCAGGGCUUGGAAGAUUUCCUCAGAAAAGUCCUGCAGAAUGCACUUUUGCUUUCUGAUAGCAGCCUCCACCUCUUCCUGCAGAGCCAUCUGAACUCCGAGGACAUUGAAGCGUGUGUUUCUGGGCAGACCAAGUACUCGGUGGAAGAAGCAAUUCACAAGUUCGCCUUGAUGAAUAGACGGUUCCCUGAAGAAGAUGAAGAGGGGAAAAAAGACAACGAUGUAGAUUAUGAUUCAGAAAGUUCCUCCUCUGGGCUUGGCCACAGUAGCGAUGACAGCAGUUCGCAUGGAUGCAAAGCAAGCCCGGCACUGCAGGAGUCCUGAGGGGGAAUCCCAGGGCUGCUACCUUCGGCACAAAACCGUGCCCAGCCAGAGGGAACGCUUGCUCACAGUAGAUCCUUACCUAAUGCCACUGUCACUGUCCUAGGUCGUUAAAUACUUACAGUGGUGGGUUCUUAGUGCUAGUAUUUUUACGUUCUCUAAUUUUAGCCAAGCUUCUGUAUAAAGCUGUAAGGUCUGUGAAUGCCAUACAACCCUUUAUUGCCAUAUAAUACUUGUAAAUACGAUCCUGCUCUCAAGUGAAGUGAGUUAUAUGCUGUAUGUAUCAAAACAUAAUCCAAUUGGUCUCAACUGCAUUUUAAAGAGCUAGGUGUAUCAGUAGCCUUUAAAACCGAGACAGAGCAUCCUUGCGGUGGCAAUGGGGAAGUUAUGGUAAACAGUGUGUAACUGGAGCCAGGGUACAGAGUCCCAACACAGCGUACUGCCUCUUUGGCACGUGGCUCUUGUUCUGUGGAGACUGACCCCUACUCUGGAGGAUGCUUUGCUUUUGGGUAUUUGAGUGAAAUAUUUAAGAGUAUUUAAACUUUCCCAUAUACUAUUUCACAUGUAAAUGGAGAAUAUGUCUUACAAAUAAAGAUGUACUAAAAUAAUGUUUACAUCUUAGGGGAAAACAUAGAAGUGUUCAUAAUUUUGCUUAAAUUUGCCGUCCGUAGAUUUAGAAAUACACCUUCACUGUCCAAAAUCAGCUUAAACAUGGCUUCUGGCAACAAGUCAUUUUACCAUUGUGUAGUUAGAAUCAUAGCUAAUGAUUUAUUUUCUGACAUUUUAAAACUAUGCAUUAAAAAAAAAUCACGUGGUAACUUUCGUCAGUGGGGGCUCCUCACGACACAUUUUUAAGUUAGAAGAAGGUAUUUAUAAGAGCUAAUUUAAUUUUACCCAUAACUAUUUCAAUAAUUUUGGAGUGAAAGUUGGGUUGCAAAUGUCAGAGCUCAUAUCGGUGUUUUAGAAGCCCUUUCUUUUAAGGCAGCUACCUGAAGAUUGGCUUAAUUUGAAUAGAAUAGUUCUCUCUCUCUCUCUGUCUCUCACUUUCUUUUUGUGUCCUAAAGAGAAGAUGUCUUGGGUCCACCUUGAGCUUCCAGGUGCAGAAAGGCAGCAUUUUCCUGGGAUAAUUAGCUAAGUCCUCCCUGCUCAUGAGAAGAAGCUGAAAGAAGAUCUUUUCACCUAAGUGGGAUAGAUGACUUGCUGCUUUCAGUGAAUGCCUCCCACUCUCACUAGCUGCAAAAGCUGCUGCAAAAAAAGCAGCCAUUUACCUUGGGUGUUCGGUAGUUACUGUGCUAAUCAAAAGUUACUGAGUUGUCCUUGGAAAUGCUUGUCUCAGAGAACUGGUAAAGAAACAGAAACAUUAAAUUUGGCAUAAGAAUGG